GUUUAGCGAGUUUUAGAUCAGAGCAACGCGUUGAGACAGGACACCUAUGCUAAAACUCAGUCCAGUCACAGCAACACUGACAAAAUCACGCAUGCGCAGUUUCUGUGUGGUUUCUUUCCGCGCACGUGUUAUACCUAUACUACAGUGGCUAGUAUAACUGGUAGGUGUUCUGUGACUGUACUAGCUAUACACUGUGUUCUGUGGCUGCUGUCUCUAGCAGAGAGGUAGAAAUUUGGCACCAUGAGGAUUGAGAAGUGUUAUUUCUGCUCAUCGCCCAUAUACCCGGGCCAUGGCAUUCAAUUUGUGCGCAAUGAUUGCAAGAUUUUCAGGUUUUGCAGAUCAAAAUGUCACAAGCUUUUCAAGAAAAAGCGCAACCCGAGGAAAACCAGGUGGACCAAAGCCUUCCGCAAGGCUGCCGGCAAAGAGCUCACUGUCGACCCGUCCUUCGAAUUCGAGAAAAGGCGAAACGUGCCUAUCAAGUACAACAGGGAGCUGUGGCAGAACACCGUGAGAGCGAUACAACGGGUCGAGGAAAUCAAAGCUAAGAGGCAGGGUCAUCACGUCAUGAAUAGGUUGAUGAAGGGCAAAGAGCUCGACAAACAGAGAGACAUCAAGGAAGUUCAGAGAGACCUCUGCCUCAUCAGAUCUCCAGCUGCGAUGCUCAAGAAGAAAGAGCAGGCAAUUGUGGAAGUUAUCGAAGAGCAUUCUGACCAAGAGGAAAUGGCAGUGGACUGACACUGUGUAAACACCAUGGUGUACACCAAACGGGCAGUCAUUUAGCUGGGACUCGACUACAGCCUGCACUUUACCAGUGACGGAAAACUAUAUAAUGCUUCCUUGUUGGAUAUGCACUGUUACUUGAAUGUACCAAGCCUGCCUAAAGUACAGCCUUGCGGCAUAUGUCUAUAAAUAAAGGAAGAAAAAAUUUUCACCCGUAA